AUGAUUCAGGUCGACUCUGUUGGAUAUUCGUCAAACGUGAAAGAUGAGCCCAGCGCAGUUGAAGAUAUGAAGGAGAAUGGUUGCAUCGAUAACGAGGGCACAAUCGCGAAACCGUCGGCGCAAUUGUUAGCGAAGAUGUCGGAGGAAUACGCCGAAAAGGCGGCGUCGGCGGCGGCGGCGGCAACUCGACUGAACGACCAUCAUCUUCAUCAUGCGCAUUAUCAGUCGGCGGCCACGACAGGUCGCCAUCAGGAGCAGGGCUCAGAUCGGGCGGACGAUCAGAUCGCGCAUAACGAGGAUAAUUUAAGUGAGGAUGAAAACAAUGACGACGAGGAGAUGGCCGACGGGACGGCGGCGCCGGGGUCGGCGGCCGCAAACGAUCGGGAAAGUGGCCACGAGAGCGGCGGCGAAAGCCGGGACGACCGGAAGGGGCCGGGAAGUGAGUGUGCGACGGGCCGCAGCAGUCCACGAUCUCCGGUUUCACUCGUGGGCCGAGGUGGGGAAGGGCUGGGGGCGAUGCUAUGUGGAGCUGGGCCGGGAGAUGACCCUUCCACUACGGCAGCGGCCGCAGCCGCCGCAGCCGCCCUCGGAGGUCCCGCAGCAGCCGCCAUUGCAGCAGCAGCGGCCGCCGCAGCAGCAGCGAAGGGCACGAUACCGGGGGCGGUAGGUGGUGGGGUGGGCCUAUCGGCGGCCGACUUCAAUCCGGCGGCGGCGGCGUUCGGCUUCCCGGCGGCUCCCGCACCCGCCCCAGGAAUGUCGAUUCAGGCGUUCCAGAACGCCAUCGCUCAGUUCACGGCGAACGCGCUGGCCAACAACAUGGACAACGACACGGUGGUGAAGAACCUGGCCAUCCUCCAGUCGGCGCUGUUUACGCUGCAGCAGCAACAGUUCCUCCAGUUCCAGCUCAUCCAGCACCUGCAGUCGCAGUUGGUCAAGAAGCACACGGAGAAGGAGGACGUCGCCGCGUCCCUGCUGGGUGGAGCGUUGGGGGGACUAGCGGAAGGCGUCGGAGCGGGCGUUGACAGUGCAACGAUCGGUUUCCUCAACAACAACAAUAACAAUCACAACCAACACAAUCACAACAAGAGCAGUCCGCAGCAGCAUCACCUGCAGCAACACCCGAACCACGCCAGCAGUCGUCUGCAGCAACACCAUCAACACCUGCAGCAGCAGCAGCAGCAACAGCACCAGCAACAGCAGCAACAUCAUCAGCAGAACCUGAAGAACGAACCACAGGAUCUGCGGAAGUCCCAGCCGGCGGCUCAUCACGCCAUGGACGCGGAAGACGAGGAGGAAGUGGAGGAGGAGGGCAUCGAGGAUGCGUUCAGCAAGAGCUACCAGAUGGCGAACAUGAUGGCGGCGGCCGCCGCAGCCGCCAAAUCGCACGUCCCGAACCACGUCAACGAGCUGUUGUUGCGGCCUUCGAUUCAUCCCGUUCCGGAAGAGGAGCUAAGGAAACCAAAAGCAACGGAGGCGAACAGCAUCUUCGGGUCCUCUUCAUCGUCAGCGGGGGACAAACGGACCCCGAACGAAUCGGCGUCACUGUCCAGCGCAGUGUCCGUUUCGUUGCCAUCCUCCGCGGCUCAAACCACCUCCAGCACGAACGCGUCCAGCAGCGCUAACGCCAGCAGUGGACGAUCGGAAAAGGACGAAAUCUUGACCUACCACCAGGAGCACGGUGGCUCCAUGGGUAGCUUCUCUUCGUUGGCGGCCAACAUUAUCACCGACCACGCCCCUUCGAUGCUGGGAGAGCCGAAUUCGCUGGCCAUGUUGGAGAAGAAGGCACAGGAAGUGCUGAACUCCGCGUCGCAGGGGAUUCUCUCCAAUAACUUGCUGGAUGAGUUGGCCUUCGCUAACGAUAAGUCGUCCCCGAAUGGGCGCAACGACGCGGCACUGUUCAAACACCGGUGCCGGUACUGUGGCAAGAUCUUUGGGUCCGAUUCCUCGCUGCAGAUUCACAUCCGGUCACAUACGGGCGAAAGGCCGUACAAGUGUAACGUGUGCGGGAGUCGGUUCACGACCAAGGGCAACCUGAAGGUUCACUUCCAGCGGCACUCGGACAAGUACCCGCACAUCCCGAUGAACCCGAAUCCGGUGCCGGAGCAUCUGGACAAGUACUUCCCGCCCCUGAUCCCUCAGGAGGCACUCAAGGAGCAGCAGCAACAGCAGCAGCAACAGCAGCAGCAGCAGCAGUCUGGCCAGCCACCCUCGCAGUCGUCGCCCAUGCCAACGGGAGGAUCGGCCGGGCCGGGUCCUGGCGGUCCGGGCGCAUUCCCCGGAGCGCUGGAUGGACGCGCUCCGGCUGGUUUCCCUCCGCGAGGAUUCUUCCCGGACUUUUACAUCCCGCGACCACCGCAUGCCCAACUUCAGGAACUGUUUGGCGCUUCGGCAAACGAUGCGGCCGCACGCAAUCCGGUCGAUCUGUCGCAGAUGAAGAAACCGGAACCGGUGCCACCAACGCGUGAUGCCACGCCCGAGAUGCGCCAUUCGCCCGAGCUCUCGAACGAUGCGAUCCCCUCCGCCAAGAUCAAGCAGGAACCGAUGGAAGAAUCGCUCGAUCUGUCGGACAAGUCCUCGAAGGUGGCUUCGGCAGUCCCGGCGCGAUCAACCAGUACACCUAUCCAGCAUCACCAUCACCAUCACCGAGAUCACGAGGAGUCAAAGGAUUCGUCCAAAGAUGAGCCGCACCUGAUGGAUCAGUCGGAUCAGCUCAAGGAGGACAGUGGAGCCGUCGGCGCUGGAGGCUUGAACAACUCGACCAGUGAGAAGGAGUUCCCGUUGAAGCUGAAGAACAACUCGAUUGAGAACUUGGCCACGGUACCUUCGGUGUCGCCUCCUUCCAGCUCAUCCUCGGGCUCGCUCUACCAGGACACGGUACUGGACCCGUCGUUCUACGCCGCGCAUCUCCCGCGUCCCGAUAGCAACGACAGUUCGUGGGAGAACUUCAUCGAGAUCUCGUCGGAAACGUCGAAGCUGCAGGAGCUGGUGGACAACAUCGAGAACAAGACGUCCGAGCCGAACCAGUGCCUGGUGUGCAAGAAGGUCCUCUCGUGCCGAAGCGCCCUACAGAUGCACUACCGAGUGCACACGGGUGAGCGUCCGUUCCGGUGCAAAAUCUGUGGCCGCUCGUUCACCACCAAGGGGAACCUGAAGACGCACAUGAGCGUACACCGUAUCAAGCCACCGAUGCGCACCCUGCACCAGUGUCCCGUCUGCCACCAGAAGUUCUCCAACAUCUUCGUCCUGCAGCAGCACAUACGGCUGCACACGGGAGAGAUGACGGACCUGACGCCGGACCAAAUUAAGGCCGCCGAGAUCAAAGACUACGACGGUGGAGUGCCUCCUCCGCCGCAUCCCGACGCGCUGCGGUUGAAUCCCUUCGGCAUGCGGUUAGCCAGUGAGUUCCACCAGCAGCAGCAACAUCUCGUCCAGCAGCAGCAACAACAGAUGCAUCAACAGCAACAACAACAGCAGCAGCAGCAGCAGCAGCAGCAACAACAACAACAGCAGAACAAGCGCUCCCUCGAGCACUCGGAUGAAGAGAACGACCACGAGAAUGGCGGAGGGCAGCAACAUCAGGUGUCGAUGGAUCGUGGCACGACUCCUAUCGGGAAGAUGCCCAAGGUUCCUAUCCACGAGAAGCUGAAGGUCAAGACGGGCCUCACUUCGCCCGCCAUCGACUCUCAGGUGGAGGACCUCCGCACGAUGAACCUCCAGCGUCUCUCGAUGCGGUCGCUUCCACCGGCCGAGGAUGGGUUCUCCCGUGACUCCUCCUCGGCAAGCCCCACAACCGCCACCUCCGACGCCAAGCGCCUCCGCUCGUCCAGCCCCUCGAAUGCGUCCUCCUCGACGAUCCACUCGCGUCGCUCCCCCAUUUCAACACCCCCGACCGUCGGAGGCGCCGAGCAGGCGAGCGCGGCCGGACGAGCCGCUGCGGCCGCCGCAGCCGCCGUUGCCUUCCCGUACGGACCCCCCUUCCUCGGCAUGCCCCAGUUCCCGCCCUUCAUCAACCGACCGCCCUUCCUCGGCAACGUUCCGAUCGUCCCGCCCGGCUCCAGCAUGCCACCGUUCGGACUUUUCGGCGUUCGUGGAAACACAACAACUUGUAAUAUUUGCUUUAAAACUUUCGCCUGUAAUUCCGCACUCGAAAUUCAUUACCGAAGCCAUACGAAGGAGCGCCCAUUCAAAUGUUCAAUCUGCGAUCGAGGAUUCUCUACAAAGGGAAAUAUGAAGCAGCACAUGCUCACUCACAAAAUCCGUGAUAUGUUCGGCAGCUCGGGUGGCAAUUCCGGUGAUGAGUCACGAACUCAGACACCGCCCCAGGACAACCAUUCGCAGUCGUCCAACGGUUCGGAGUCGCACCAGCAGCAGCAAACCCAUCACCAGCAGCAGGAUGGAGCUGCCCAGGACUACACCCCUUCCGGCGGUGGCCAUCGGUACGGCGGCGGAAGUCGCGAACGCUCUCGUUCGGCAGGAAGCUACGACGGGGCGCCCUCUGGUGGCAAGCAGUCGGAAGCGAACGAAGCAGGCCUUGCCGCUUCCAUGCCAGACGAAAACGGUUCCAGCAGCCUGCAGUCGAGUGCGUCCGACCGGGGUAGCUCACCGACGCCCCUAAUGGCCGGAAGUGCAGCCGCAGUGGCCGCUGCUGCCGCCGCUGCCGCCGCCGCAGCCGCCGCCUCCUCGAACAACAACUACAGCGAGUAUAUGGGCAAAGAGGUGGUCGAUCUGAAGAAUUGGUGCCAGAAGCUGAAGGAAAUGCCGGAGAACAUUGCCGCAAGUUGA